AUGUUUGCUCAGCUCUUCCCCCGACCCGCGGUCCCUCUUGGGCUCCUCUUCCCGGAUGGCAGGUCCCGCUCCGCAGCUGCCCGGCAGCUCCCCCGGGAGCUCCCGGCGAGUGCGGGGGCCGUGGCCGAGGGGCUGCACCGGUGCUGGGAGCGCUCCUUCCCGGCCAAGCAGCAGCUGAGCCGCACCGGGGGCUGCUCUGUGGCUAUUCUUAGCCCGGGCUCCGCUCCUGGUGGCUCUGGAGCGAUGCUCUGCCGAGCCCGCUUCCUGUUUGCCGCUCUCCCUGGCUUCUUCAAGCGGACGGUGCAGAACAACAAGCACUACACCUGCACCGAGAGCCAGAACUGCAAGAUCGACAAGACCCAGCGCAAGCGCUGCCCCUACUGCCGCUUCCAGAAGUGCCUCACCGUGGGGAUGCGCCUGGAAGCCGUGCGUGCAGACCGGAUGCGCGGCGGGAGGAACAAGUUUGGACCCAUGUACAAGCGGGACCGUGCCUUAAAGCAGCAGAAGAAAGCUCUGAUCCGUGCCAACGGCUUCAAGCUGGAGACCGUGCCUCAGAUCAUGUCCCCGGUGCAGAACGACUACAGCCUGUCCUCCACCAUCCACAGCAUCCACACCAUGUCCAAGACCUUGCCGCCCAACCCCGCCGCCCUGACGCCCGUCGACUACGAGCGCAGCCCCUACGGGACGCCCUCCCUGGGAAUGACUGUGCCCAGCCACGCGCCGCUCGCCGGCUACCACUACCCCUCCUUCCCCAACCGCACCAUCAAGUCCGAGUACCCGGACCACUACACAAACACACACGAGUCCGUGCCCGCCUAUGUCUACCCAGAGACCUACCCCAGCAGCUCCCCCCCGGACAUCCCCGAGGUCAUCCUGAAGCUGCUGCAGCUGGAGCCCGACGAGGCCCAGGUGAAGGCGCGGAUACUGGCCUGCCUGCAGCAGGAGCAAGGCAAAGGCCGGCACGAGAAGCUCAGCACCUUCGGCCUCAUGUGCAAGAUGGCUGACCAGACCCUCUUCUCCAUCGUGGAGUGGGCACGGAGCUGCAUCUUCUUCAAGGAGCUGGAGGUGGGCGACCAGAUGAAGCUGCUGCAGAACUGCUGGAGCGAGCUGCUGGUGUUCGACCAUGUCUACCGGCAGCUGCAGCACAGCAAGGAGCACAGCGUGCUGCUCGUCACCGGCCAGGAGGUGGACAUGUCGACCAUCGCAGCCCAGGCUGGCUCCAUCCUCAACACGCUGGUGCUGCGGGCGCAGGAGCUCGUCCUGCACUUGCACUCUCUCCAGGUGGACCGGCAGGAGUUUGUCUGCCUGAAGUUCCUCAUCCUCUUCAGCCUUGAUGUGAAGUACCUGGAGAACCACACGCUGGCGAAGGACGCUCAGGAGAAGGCCAACGCGGCGCUGCUGGAGUACACGGUCUGCCACUACCCCCACUCCACGGACAAGUUUCGCCAGCUGCUGCUGCGGCUGGCGGAGGUCCGGGCGCUGAGCAUGCAGGCGGAGGAGUACCUCUACCACAAGCACCUGAGCGGGGAGGUGCCCUGCAACAACCUCCUCAUCGAGAUGCUGCACGCCAAGCGGACUUGAGCGCGGCCGCCCGCACAGACCCGGUGCUGCCAGCGGGGUGGCGGGGGCAGGACGCGUGCCUGGGGCUGGGGGGCCAGCGCCACCCCUCCACCCCCCCGUCUCAGUGAUGCUGUUUGACCCGUACUAUUGGAACAGUCCCAGAUGGUUUAUUUUAAUACACAGUAAGGACGGCUGGUGG